CACAGCAGACACGAGGAAACUCAUCCUCAGAAACAUGCGAGGCUUCGCCGGGACAUCUCGGCUCCUAUUGGUCCUUCUGCUGCAGCUGCUACCUGCGCAGAUGUUACACCUUCCAGAUGCGGGACAGCCCAGAGUAAUGGGAUUCCUGGAGGUGUUGGCCAAGAGCAUGUGUCGACCUAUGGAGUCGCUUGUGGAAGUGGAGCGCGAGUUCCCUGAAGAAGUGGAGUACAUCUACAUACCUGCCUGUGUUCCACUUUGGCGAUGCUCUGGAUGCUGCACGGAUGAGAAGUUGGAGUGUCAAUCCACCGUUGAGCGCAACACCACCUUGCAGGUGAUGCGGAUUCUUCCCAUAGUGUCUAUGCAACAUGUGGAGCUGACAUUUGUGGAGCAUCAGCAGUGUGAAUGCAGACCCAGUCAGAAGCAUCACCAUGACAACAGCAGCAGCAAGUCUAUGAAAAACAGACCGAGAAGACGGAAACACAAGAAGACAGCCAGCAAAUGUGGAAAGUGCCAGUUCCCCCCAAACCAGAUAAAUCUUCACUGAUUUCACUUAAAGUUUCAUUUGGAGCAAUGGACUACAGCACAUAUACCUUUUCACCCUCUGAACAUACUUUGUGCUGCAUCUGUCAAACACCAAGUUUUCCAUCUUGCGAAUGUCAGUCUUUGUGUUUUUCUUACUUAUUUGAAAAAAAGAAAAAAAAAGAAAAAAAAAUCUCAUAUGUUUGCAAAAACACUUUGAUCCCGACUGCUCUUUCUUUUUAACUUAAAUCUAUUCAGUGCUUUUUAUCUAUCUGUUUGUUGUGUGAGGUUUGGAAACAUAUACUGUACACAAGAUGUGUUUAUUUCCACUUUAAUUGACAAAACUAGCUCUUAUGACAAAAAGACAAUUAAAAAAAUACAUAAUCUGUGUGACGUGCAUGUAAACUUAAAUGUUAUUUAGUGUCUUUUGAUAAACACUGAUUAUAAAACACAAUAUAAG